UACUUUGUUCUCUUCCUCACUCUUCUCAGACGACAAACACAGGGACUCGGAUCCCAUUAAUAAAUUCUUCGAAUUCACCACCGAGACCAAAAUCAGCAAAAAAAAAAAAUUAAAAAAAAUGGAAACAAUGAAGUCCAAUUGGAAAUCGAAGAAAAUUCAAUUACCAAUUCGACGAUCCUCCUCUUCAAACUCCGAGUCACUAUCGCACUUCGAAUCACCUAUCUCCCCUCUCCGUUACGACUCCCCUCUCCGAUCCGACCUAGGCGACCCUCCCGAAUCCCCUCCCUAUGUCUCUCCCAGCGCUUCACCCGAGAAACCACAACCUCCGCUCCAGAAAUCCGUUGCUGUCACCGACAAGUCUACUCAGUACUCCCCCGCACUUUCCCCUAUCCCGCCGGAUAACCUGGCGGCGCCUCCGCAGGGGAUGCCGGCGGUGGUGCUGAACAGGGCGGUGAGGGAGCAGGGACCGGCUGCGGGAGUGAAGCAGGUGGGGCCGGAGGGGAGGUCGACGGCCUCGGUGAUGAGGGGGUCGAGGAAAGAAGAGAAGAUGAAGAUUGGUGAGUUAGGAUUUAGGGUUAGUGAGAUUGUUUUGUGUUUGAUAUCUUUUUCUGUUAUGGCUGCUGAUAAGACUAAAGGAUGGAGUGGUGAUUCCUUCGAUAGAUAUAAAGAGUACAGGUAUUGUUUGGCUGUGAAUGUGAUUGGGUUUGCGUAUGCUGGAUUCCAAGCUUAUGAUUUAAUCUAUCACAUAGCCACAGGGAAACAUGUGAUUCGACACCAUCUUCGUCAUCACUUCAACUUAUUCAUGGAUCAGGAGUUGAAGUAGACUAGUGAGUAGGGACUAUUCAGGGCAAUGAGAGUGACCUUUGAUUUCCCCAAUCAAGGUUCUAGCAUGUGGCUGAUUCAAUCUGCCCCUCCUUGUAAUUCACUGCAAGUCCAUGUUUCCUGGUUUCUGCAUUAAACAGAGAUUUCCAUGACUUCUGGUUGACAGGAGAUCCAUUUUACUUGUACCACAACCAAUUUCAAGCAGAUCUGGCUGCAAAUGACUCGUAGGGAUUCGGGUUGUUUGGGAGGUCUAAAUCAAUGAAGUGGAUGUAAUUUACAUCUUUAGGACCAAAUGAAAACACGAUCAUGCACAAAAAAAGAAUUAUUUUUCUUUUUAGUUUUUGUAUACUGAUAACGAAUACAAGUAGGCAUGAUGAUUUCUUUUCCCCUUUGUUUUUUGAUAUUGAAAGUGAAUAGUUUGUUUUUUGGGUUCAAA